AUGUCGAAUUUGUCAAAACUUGAAUUUGUGACACUUGACAUUUCUGGAAAGAAUUAUUUGUCAUGGGUACUUGAUGCUGAAAUUCACCUUACCGCUAAGGGCCUUGGUGAUAGUAUAAUUGAAGGAAAUACGACAUCAAAUCAGGAUAAAGCGAAAUCUGUGAUUUUCCUUCGUCAUCAUCUUGAUGAAAGCCUGAAGGUUGAAUACCUAACGGUGAAAGAACCACUUGAAUUGUGGAUAGGUUUGAAAGGGAGGUAUGACCACCUCAAGGCAACGAUAUUGUCAAGGGCUCGUUAUGAGUGGAUGCACUUACGGUUUCAAGAUUAUAAAAUCAUAAUUGAGUAUAAUUCUGUUCAUAAUGACAUUCUAAUGAAAAAUUACGAAGCCCAACCCGCUGGAAGUGCUCCAUUACCGGAGGCACACGCGGUUGAAGCACAUGUUGAAAUAAUGCAACAGGAUGAGGAUUUCGAACCAAGAUCUGUUAGCGAGUGUAGACAGAGAAAUGAUUGGCUAAAAUGGAAGGAAGCAAUUCAAACAGAAUUAGCUUCACUUGAAAAAUGUGAAGUUUUUGGAUCAAUAGUCCGAACACCUGAAGGUAUCAAGCCAAUGGGGCAUAAAUGGGUUUUUGUGUGA